AACAAAUAAUAUAAUAAUGUGUUAAAUAUAUGGGUACCAUAGUUGUUAGCAUAUAAUGGUAGUCAUAAAAAUAAUAGGUCUGUAGUUAAUACUUUAUAAGCAAAGGGGCCAUAAAGUAAUAGGUGAUGAUUAGGUAUUCUAGCAUUGCAAAAAGUGAGAAAAAAAUUAAGUGCCCCCCCCCAAAACAAUUUUCUGGCUACGGCACUGGGCUAUACUGUUAAUAAUAUUGACCGUGUGAGGGCCGCAUAAAGUCCGUGCCGCAAACGUUACCGCGUCUGGGACGUCGUCCGACUGGUUAGAUCGGUCCGUUCACAGCACAGUUUAAGAUACCUAUAUCUUAAACCGUGGUUCACAGGAUAUUAUCACAGAUUAUUUUCAUAUAAUCUCUGAUAUUAUCACCUGUUAUCACUUUUUAAAUAAACGCUAUUUCUGAGGUUCAGUUAUUCAAAAUUCAGUUAAUGUGCAGAAUGUAAUGGCUACUCUUAUGAUUCUUGGCAUUAUUGAUUACUAGUAUAAAUAAUUUUGAAUGAAUUGAAAAAUGACUGUCAUUCUCUUUUAGUAUUGAUGUAUUAAUAUUUUUUAAACUAUAAAUGAAUAUACCGUAUACAACUAAAGUACUAAUAAUAAUUACAUUAAUUUGAGUGUUAAUAUUCAUACGUACCUCGCCCAACUAUGACUGAGGAAUUUCGUCGGCAAAGGGCACACGCUGAUUUUUAAACAAUGCUUGAAUUAUUUAAGUUAAAUACGUAGGAAUAUAUUUUCAAAUUGUAUGACAGAACAAAAUUAUUUUUGUUUUUUUCGACUGCUAUUAAGUAAUGCAGAUUAUUAGAAAAUCGGAUAAUGAUAAUAAAAGUCCCUAUUCCUACUUUUAUAAAGUUUUAUUCUUUUUUUUUUAAAUCGAGGAUGGUUUAAGUUUACCCCUUUUGCUGCACCUAUGAUUAUGAAAAAAACAAUGCUAGUUGUGCAUGGAUGCUUAUACUGAGGUUAUAGAUUCAUCAAUGGAUACUCAAGAAAAAAUAAUGGACAUUUAUCAACCUGUACAUUAUAAAAGCUUAAAACUUCUUUGUUCGUGUUCAGAUGAUUUUCUUGUUGAUGACAAAGAUUUUCAACAGUGCUUAAAAGGAUGUAAAUGGUCACCUGAUGGAUUAAGUAUAUUAACCAAUAGUGAAGACAGAAAACUUAGAAUUUUCAAUAUUGAAACAGAUGAAAUAAAACAAUGUACAAAAAUAAAUAAAGUCAAUCAGAUAAAAGAAGGUGGGACUAUUUAUGAUUAUGUAUGGUACCCAAAAACUGUAAUGACAGAAAAUGAAAAUGUAAAUUUAAUUUUGAGUACUAGCAACCGAUCCCCUAUUCACCUUUGGAACGCUAAAGAUGGACACUUAGAAGCUACAUACAGAGUUUAUGACCAUGUUGAUGAAGUUGCUCAUGUAAAUUCAUUAUGCUUCAAUUGGUCUGGUGAAGAAAUUUACUGUGGCAGCUAUGGAAAAUUAAAUAUCUUCCGCACAGAUCGCCCGGGACGUGAAUUUAGUGAAAUAUCCACUAAAAAAGAUUUACAUAGAUCAAUUAUUUCUACUAUAGCUAUGAAUCCAGUAGAUAAAAGUAUUUUUGCUGUUGGUACUUAUAAUAAAGACAUUGGUGUAUAUGGUGGUAAUCAACUAAUGUACAUAUUAAGAGGUCAUAAAUCAGGUAUCACUCAAUUACAGUUUUCACCUGAUGGGUUAAAACUAUACUCUGGAAGUAGAAAAGGUGAUAAUGAUAUUGUUUGUUGGGAUUUAAGGAAUGUUGGUCAAACUUUAUAUUCUGCUGAAAGAACAGUGACAACCAACCAAAGAAUUUGUUUUGAUAUUUCAUCAGAUGGACAAUAUUUAGUUUCAGGCAAUUGUACUGGUGAUGUAAGUACUUGGAAAUUAGACCAGAACAUAGAAAUGCCUGAAGGUGUAGAAUGUGUACUUGCUUUAAAUUCUAAAAUUCCUGCUCAUAAUGAUUGUGUCAAUGGUGUGAGUUUACAUCCUACUCAUCCUUGGUUAGCAACAACAUCUGGACAAAGACACAAUGAAACUGAUGACGAUGAUGAUGAUGAACAUAUUUUGCAUACAACUGAUGUUAGUUUAAAGCUUUGGAAAAUAAUUUAAAAUGAUUAUCUUAUAUUAUAAAAUGUUUAUACAAAUAAAAUUGUUUAUUUAAUUUA